GCACUGGAUAGCCCAAAACGGUAUCUACGUAUUUGUUUUUUGGAUUUCUCCAAAGCUUUUGACAGAAUCAACCAUAACAUUUUGAUUGCGAAACUCAUAGCCCUUGGAGUAAGAAGAUGUUUGAUCCCAUGGAUAUGUGAUUUUCUUUCAAAUCGUCGUCAGGCGGUGAAGAUUAAUGAGUCUCGCUCGGAGUGGGCUUAUGUAAAUGGCGGUGUCCCUCAAGGAACCAAACUUGGCCCUAUCUUGUUUUUAGUUAUGAUUAAUGAUCUGAAAAUGAAGUCCACAAACUCCUCUCAUUGGAAAUACGUUGACGAUGUAACGAUUUCUGAGGUUAUAAAAGAAACUGAGGAAUCGCGAUUACAAACUGAACUCAAUGAACUCCAACAAUGGGCAUGUGAGAAUGAUAUGAAACUGAAUGGGUUAAAAUGCAAGGAAAUGGUUGUCAGCUUUUUACGACAAAAUGACAACUAUACUCCAUUACACAUUAAUGAUCAAGAAUUGGAACUGGUUACAUCUUUCAAGAUUUUGGGUUUGACUAUUAAUAGUCACCUUAAAUGGAAUGAUAACGUUGCAAUUAUCGUAAAAAAAGCGUCGAAACGCCUUUACAUCCUUCGGGUGUUGCGUCGAUCUGGAAUUCCAUCCGCUGACUUGCUCUCAAUCUAUAACGCCUUAAUCAGAUCUGUUUUGGAAUAUGCUUGUGCAGUCUGGCAUACCAGUCUACCUCAGUAUCUCUCCAACAAAAUUGAACGGGUGCAGAAACGUGCUCUGCGAAUUCUGUACCCUUUCACUGAUUAUGCGGAAGCCCUAUCUAUCAGUCGUUGUUCUCGCCUUGAUGAUAGAAGGCAGUCAAUAUGUCAGAAUACCUUACAAAAGAUUGCUAAGCCUUGCUCGAAACUGUACCACUUGUUGCCGUCAACUCGCGGAAACGUCCAUGGACGGAGUUUGAGAAAUAAUAAUCAAUUAUCGCUUCCCAAAUGUAGAACUGAGAGGUUUAAGAACAGUUUUAUCCCGGCAAUGUGCUAUAGUCAAGUUGACGUAUAG